AGCGGUGCAUCCUGGGAAAUCAACUAACAUGGGUACGUGAAACCAUGCAGAGCUUGCACGGCUCUCGACGACGAGGGAUGAACAAAAAGUAACGAAUUUCUCCAGAAGGUUUAAGGUACAGUUUUGUCCAACGCACUGAAGAGGCUCACGGCGGCGUGGCGGACCGUGCGUUCUGCUGUGUGUUGGACUGCUGAGAAACGGGCUGCUACGAUGCGUGUCCGCUGCUCCACGAAGCUCCGUCGGGGAAGUGAAUCUUUCACCGGAUGAUGGACAGGAACUACCCGACCUCCAGCUUUGCGGACUCGCUGGCUCCACCAGCACAGACCGUAGCUUCUUGGGCCUAUGACCGCAGCACCGCUAGUAUCAAGCCAAGUCCCAGUUAUGGUACAACACACCUUGAUACAGAGCUCCUUCAGCGGCAGAGCUACUCCUCUUCCCACCAGCUUCCCACCUACACUACAUCACACCUUCCCGCUGCAGCAGGAGCACUCGACACAAGCAGUAAUACUUCUGAGACCUCAAUCAUGAGCUUCCUGUCAGCCAUGGAGUCGAGAAGCCUUCAGGCUGGUCCUGUUAGUGCCUCGCUGCUUCCUCCUUUUAGACCCCCAUCAUGGCCAGCUGGUACCAACUCCUCCACUACAGAGCUGUAUUUGACUGGGGCCCUGCCUUCUACUGCCACUUUCCCCUCUCCUGCUGCUCUGUCAUCUUAUCAACAUACUGGCACCUACCCCUCCAGGAGCUAUGCUACCAACUCUUCUCUGGCUCUCCAGGACCCUGCCUUCAGUACUUCAACCAAUGGCCUGUUUUCUCACCAUGACCCCUUGCUCCAUCUCAAAUCAAGCCAGACUGUGCUUCCCACUGCCUUAGCCUUCAAUCAUCUCCCUGCCCCUGCUUUAGGCUCCACUUUGCCCGUCCAAUCCUCAACGUACCGCUCAGCCCAGGAAUCAGCCCCUCAUCUCCUGCAGCCCCAGUUCAGCCUGCUAUCAUCUGCACUACCUGCUACACAUGGUGCCCCACAACCUUAUGGGGCCACCGUUUUCUCAGGCUCCAUUGAGAGAGCACUUCAGCGAGAAUGUAGUGUGAUCAAACACCACCAGAGGCCUUCUAGCAGCCACACAGCCACAGAGCAAUCCCCAAACUCAGAACACUCCCUUCAGGGGUACUUUGGCUCUGGCAGUGAAGCGGAGUUGUCUUACCAACAGGACCCAUCCCGCCAUUCCCCAGUGUCUUGCAGCCCUUCCACAGGAGCAGACUCCUCACAAGGAAUCAAUGGUGGUGCACAGAACAAAACAGAUUCUGCAUCUGAAGCUUACUCAUCCUCUUCUGUGCCACAGGCAAAAGACUGCUCUUCUAAACUAGCUCCACAUCCUGCUGGGGGCGAAGAGAGGCUCAGUAAUCAUCAGAGUCUGACAGGACGUUCACCUGAACAUUAUAGCUCCCCAGGACAGAAGCAGAACACAGUGAUUGCAAAUCAGCAGUCUGUUCAACUGUCCGCCCUUAUGUCCAGCAGUCUGUCUCAAACGUAUAUGACCCCCCACACCCAGUCUCAGCCCUCUCACUCCACCUCAGACAAACUCCCCUCAAUGUACAAAACUCUUACUUCCCUCUCCAAUGAGUCUGGCAGCAUUGCAUCUGUUAGUCAGACUCUUGUUUACUCUCCUUCUCCUGUGCUGAGUCAAGAGCAGGAAGUCCAGUAUGGAACCCAGGUCCAAGGCUUGUGUCGGGGGAUCAAUCUCUCUGAGAGCUACCCCACAUCUCAGGGUGCCCCAAUUGUGACUUAUACAUCCCAGUCACAGGGGCAAGUGUCAGUGACUCAGUCUCAGAGCUAUGCCACAGGACAGUCCCUCAAUGAAUCUCUUAACUCCCCGUAUCCACCCACAUGUGUGCGUAGUCUUCCCACAUCAAAUUCUACGCAGGACUACAGUCUGAUGCAGGCCUCGGUAGGAGAUAAAACACAUGAGAAUAUAUCCCAGCAGCAGGCACAGUCCCACAAAUUUGUUUUGCCUGCACCUUUGCCUAACUACUCUUCGACAUCUCAAGCCUUGCAGAACAACAUCAGAUCCUCAGUACAAGACAUAAAGCCUGUAGAUCCUAUGCAGCAGGCAUCCAUGGAAGCUUCUGCUGCAGACACCAAUAUGGCUGCUCACAACAACGUCAUCUAUGUCAUUUCAAAAAUGGAUGACCACCAUAAAACACAAAGCGUUAUUAGAAGCAGCUCACGUUCUGAUGACCAGCUCAUGGGACUAGGUCAUACAAAUGCAAAAGAUGAAAGGUUGGGACCUAUGAGCCAACAACAUGUUCAGCUAAGCAGUAUCAAUGGUCAACAAACAGCCAACUCAAAAACUGCAAACACCAGUGUUGUAUCUUCACAUGUCCAUCUGAGUUUAGAGCAACUCAAACAGCACCCUCUUCAAAUCAAAUCUCCUGAGCCGCAUCAACAAAGCCACCAAAACCACAGCUUGUCUCAAAGCCAAACUGCAGCAGGCCACACCCAGUUUAUCACUGUGCCCAGCAAUCAAGUUCUCCUAGAGCCCAGUCAGAUGAUUCUGCUUCAGCAAUCCCUUGUCCACCACAGUCAAAACUCAUCAAAGGUGGUAUCUGCGCAAGGUAUCCAACAAACUCAAGGUUUGGGAUCUGUUAAUGUCCAGUAUCUUCAUAUGGAUCGGGAUCUGCUGGCUCCUAGCAUCACUGAACCCCCAAAUCCACAGGGCACAGUCGUAUUGGAACAGAACUCAACGUGCCCUGAUUCUUCUAAACAUCUUCUGCCCUCUAAAGACCACUACAGCCAGCCAACAAAUCAGCAGUCAAAUGAAGCCAAGAACCACUUCGCCCUUAACUCCAUUUGCUUUCCUGACUCAAUGUUACUUGGAGAUGAAAGAAACAUUUUGUCAAAUGUUGAUGACAUUCUGGCUGCUACAGUGGCAGCCUGUGGGGUCACACCACAAGACUUUGUCAAAGCUACAUCCUCUGCUGAGGCUGAUUUGGCAGUAAUGGCAAACCCAGCUGAUUCUAAGGGUCAUUUCCAGACUGUAGAUAUGAGGCACAUGUCACCUAUUUUCUCCUCAGCACAACAGCAACCAAUUCUUACCAACACUAUCUCCCACUCAAUGACCAUGACACUAAAUGGAACUCAGAUGGCUUCAGACUGUCAGGGGCAAUCUGUUCAUCACAGCAACAGCUCUGAACUUGACACAAAUGGAGAUGAGGGGAGCUCUGAAAAUGAAUAUCACUUAACUGGGCAGGUGUAUGACCCCUCAGGUCUGCAAAACAGAGCCAAAGGGAAUGAAAAAUGUAUUAAAACAGAGGAUGGCCUUAUGGAGAGCACAAGUGGUGAGGACUUUCCCAAAAAGAAGGCUCGCUCUAAAUCCCUGUCCAAGCCAGGUGGUCCUGACGAAGAUGGAGGACAAGCCAGACCAGUGAAGCGAAGUGGGCAGACAAAACGGCAGAAUUCCAGGGGUAGUGACGUCUCUCCAUCUGCCUCACACAGUGUGUUCGAAGGCUGUCCACAGCAGGAGAGAAUCAGACAAAAGAUCCGUGAAGUGGAAGAGAAACAGCCUGAAGUCAAAAGUGGCUUCAUCGGCUCCUUCCUAGACUUCCUCAAAUCUGGCCCCAAACAGCAAUACUCUCCAAGUCCUACACGGAGUGUUAGUCGUCCCAGAAAGCCCUGCACCUCUUCCAAACCACCGCCAUGUACGUUGCCUACUUUGCCUCCCAAACUGCAAACUCUGACAGGGCCUUUGAUACCCCAAGAGAGUCAAACUCCGCAAACGGCAAACUCUCAGCCAAAACGCCUGGAUGAAGAUUUACAAAAGAACUUGGAGACGCUGCCGUCAUUCAGCUCAGAUGAAGAGGAGAACACUGGGAAGAACCAGGCUUUGAGGAACAGCAUAAGCUCAGCACUCUCAGCUCUUGAUGAAUCUUCGGAUAAGAAACCUCGGACAGAUAUUAGGAUCCCUGUUCCAAUAAUGAAGCCAGACCCAGCUCCUGUCAUACCAGCCACUGUUGCACAGAUUUGUCUGCCACAAGCAGCUGCUCCUUCACAGCAAACAAAUGCCAUCUCACGAGGAACUGGAUUCUUGGUCAAAGAGAUGCCCAUAGAGGUCCCGUCAGGCCAGCUGGCUGUACAGCUGAGGAGUGUGGCCAUGGAGGGACUGACAGACGAGGAGUUAUCAGACAGCGGAGGAGAGGGAAUGUACCGGGAAAGAGAUGAGUUCGUCGUCAGGAAUGAGGAUAUUGAAAGCAUGAGGGUGACAAUGAGAGCAGGGAGUGAGCCCCCAGCAAUCUGGAAAGUUCAGAAAGCUUUGCUGCAGAAGUUUGUGCCUGAGCUGAGAGAUGGAAAGAGAGUCUUCUCAGCUACUAACAGUUAUCUAGGGUACUUUGGUGAUGCUAAGACCAUGUACCAGCGGGUCUAUGUGAAGUUCUUGGACACAGUUAACAAAAGGGAGUAUGUACGUGUUUGUAGUCGGAAGCCUCGUUGCAAGCCUAUGAACUCCCUCAGGGGGGCUCAGGUGAAAACCUUGCUGGGCUUGACAGCCACCACUUCCUCAGUGUCACAGAGCCAAAAGCCACGACCCAAACAGUCCAAGCCCAGAGCAGAGCCACCACCGAAAAAAAGGCGGAAAUGGAAGGAAGAGUUCUCACCUGCUGUCUCAGGCUCAUCUGCAGAGGAAGGUGACGAAGAUGAUGAUGAGUUGAACCCUCCAGUGCCAUUUGCUUCACGGCUCCUCAACACCCGAACCAUGAAGGAGACAUUCAAGAGCUUUGUGGAGCUUCUCAUCAGCAUUGCCUUGGAUGAAGAUGUGAUGACAGCACUUGAGAGGGCAAACGAUGAAUUGUUGCUGCCACAUAUGAAGAGGGUGGACGGGAUGAUCACGGACAACAGAAAGCGGUUGCUUCAUAAGCUGCACAUAGGGCAAGUUCUGAAGACGGCUCUGGACAGCUUCCCAGAGAUUUCAGUGGUGACUGAGCUGAAGAAGGAUGGUGAAACCCCAGCCUUCAAGGUGCGUCUCAGUGGGAGGGCCUACAACAAGAAGACAAUGAAACCAUACAAGAUGCCUAACAAAAUGCCACAGGAGUACACGGUAGACCAGCAGAGGACUCAGUGGUUUUCUCUAUACCACUCUUUGCAACAUUACAAGUAUCACACGUACCUCAUGUGUAAGAAUGAGAUAGCAUCACUCCGGGUUCAGGCAGGAGAUCUGGGACAGGAGGAGACUGUACAGAAGUGCCUGCAGAAUGGAGCCUGGGUGGAGGGGCUCUUCGAUCGCUUUGGGGAGCUAAUCAAUCAAGUGCAGCAGGCCUGCAGAUGAUCCAGCCUCGACAGGCUUUGGUUAAAGUAAAAAGACUUUGAACGGCUGAAUCUAACAUGUAAAAACAGGAAGACUCCUCGUUCAUAUAAUGGCAGAAAAGAAAGGUGGUGUGGAUACAAGUUCACAAUCAAGCCACUGAGUGCUCUUUAUCAGGAAUAUGAAUUAGUCCACAUGCCCUAUGGACUAUUGGGCGCCUGAAAAGGGGCAUCAGGCGAACAGUGGGACAGCAGUGAAUUUUAUAGUUUGGAUUGCUGCAUUUAAGCAAGAGGUAUAUUGAUCAACUAAAGACAAAGACUGUGUUUUUGGGAGCAUAAUGCCUCUCUUAGUCUUUGUAGGCUUUUGUAGUCACAAGCCCUCUUUUAAAGGGCCUUUUCAUAUGUUUUUUAUCUUUUAUUUUUUAAAGGUUAAAGACAGAGCAUAACCCAUGAGCAUGUAUUAGAUAGAAAGCACUCGAUAUAGGAAGUAGAUGACAGGAAAUCAAAGAGCAGAAAUCAUGUUGUCUACAGAUGUAACAAGCCUUCAUUGAUACUUCGAUAAACAAAAUACAGAGAAAGUGAUUUAUUUAAAAAUAACUAUAUUAUAUAUAACCGUAGAUAUAUACUGUUUGUAAAACAUCCAUUUUGUAAUGGAGUGCCAACUUAUAUAUAAUGUACAUUUUGUAUAAAGGAACGGGAAGGCUGGAGUUGGAGCAUUUCAGUCAAGGUGGAGUUUGGUAACGAUAAACUGUAUCUGAAUUCUUCAACUUUUGUGCUUCAAAAACCCUUCAGCUAUUAAAAAAUGUAUUGGAGUCGGUACCUUCCCAGUACUGGCUUUAAUGACAUAAUCAAUUAGUAUUACCUUGAAUUAAGGGUUAAAUGAAACAUGUAAAAGUUGUCUUUAUACUUCUUUACAGAAAUAGCCCACAUUUUAUGACAGAUAUAUAUUUUCACAGAAGUAAAUAUUAUGUUCUCUUGUUUCUAAGACACUUUUUCAUUGUUUUUCACAAUUUUCCAAAAUGGACUCUUUGUAAGACAAAUAACCGAUUUUAUGCUAUCACAAAAGCUCGUUCUUUAAAGAUGCAAUUUGUAAAUAAAGUGCUGCAUGCAUUCA